UACCCAUUGUUAGGGGAUAAAUGUGGUGAUAUGGCACGGAAAACCUUCCGAAUAGGGACGACUUCGCCCCGUAAUAACGACUUCAACUCAGGGUUAUGGCGCCUACCAUGCUUGAUGGUGGUGCCUUUUUGGGCGACUGGAUUGGACUUCGAAUGGGACUCAAACGACGAUGCAAGCGAAAGCCGUCGCAGCAACCGACUUGAAUCGUCAACCCUCUUUACCUGAAUGUGCAGAGAAUGAUGUCAACACACAGAGUUCUACGGUCGACAGUCCAAACUUCCAAAAGGACUACAGGUUUUGGGCCAUCAUCAUAGCGUUAUGUACCGUGUCCCUGCUUUCAGCGGCCGAGAAUACUGUCGUUGUCACAUCUCUUCCUACCAUUGUCGAAAAGCUUGGAGUGGGUAAGAAUUAUGUCUGGAUCACCAAUGUGUUCUUCUUAACUAGUGCGGCCGUACAGCCUCUGUGCGGACAGCUAUCCAAUCUUUUCGGGCGGAGAUAUCUUACCUUAUCCAUUGUAGCAAUCUAUGUCAUUGGUAGCGGAAUAUGUGGUGGCGCUAGAAACCCAGCCAUGUUGAUCGCUGGUAGGGCUGUUCAGGGGGUCGGAUCUGGAGGGAUUAAUAUGAUUAUUGAUGUCAUCAUAUCCGACCUUGUUCCUUUGCGACAGCGCGGUAAUUACGUUGCCAUCAUCUUAGCCGUAUAUGGUAUCGGAACGACGUUAGGGCCAUGGCUUGGUGGUGCCAUCGUCGAAAAUACAUCUUGGAGAUGGGUUUUUUAUAUCAACUUGCCGAUCGGGGCCGUCGCAUUCAUACUCCUUUUUCUGUUCCUGCGUGUCAAAUGGAACAAGUCUACCACGGCCUACGAGAGAUUUCGCCGACUUGAUUAUAUCGGAAACGGGAUCUUAAUCGCAUCCACAGUAUCAAUUCUGAUCGCUUUCACUUGGGCGGAUGUGAUAUAUCCUUGGGGUUCGUGGCAUAUUCUUGUGCCUCUGCUAGUUGGUGUUAGCGGCAUGGUGUUGUUCUUGGUAUUCGAAGGAUCGCCAUUCGUCAUCGAACCAGUCAUGCCUCUCCGAAUGUUUAACAAUCGCACCGCCAUCAUCGUAUACGUUAUUACAUUCCUAAAUUCUGUCCAGAAUUACUGGUCAUUCUUUUUUGUCCCAAUUUACUUCCAGGCCGUCCAAUUAUCUUCACCAGCGCAGUCCGGAGUCCAACUAUUAGUGUUUAGUCUCGUAGGGAUUCCUGGUGCAGCCCCCGCGUUAGUGGUCCUCUCUAAAUGGGGUCGGUACAAACCUCUUCACAUUCUAGGAUCCGCCCUAUUCACUCUCGGUAUUGGCCUUUUUAGUAUCAUGAAUCAGAACACAAGUACGGCUGGGUGGGUUUGGAUUAACAUCGCGGCUGCGCUAGGAACUAGCAUACUAACCAAUACGUUACUAUCUCCUUUCCAAGCAUCGCUCAAAGAGGAAGAUCAAGCUGCUGCAACGGCUAGUUGGAACUUCGUUCGUAGUUUUGGUAACAUAUGGGGUGUGGCAAUCUCUGCUGCCAUAUUUAACAGCUUUACCGCGUCUUAUUCGUGGAUGGUUGAUGAUACCAGAGCUAGAGCCUCGCUGACAUCCGGUAAUUCAUACUCGAGUGCAACGAAAGCCUUUGUGGAAUCGUUCGAAGAACCCAUACGACAACAGAUUCGAACGGUCUUCACCUUGUCUCUUCAGAAGGUAUUUCUGAUAGGUGUCCCAUUUUCGGGAUUCAUCUUCCUAUUAACACUUCUUGAGAAGGAGAUAAAAUUGAGGACGGAGCUGAAAACGGAAUUCGGCCUUGAGGAACGGGAGUCGGAUAACAGCACAGCCUAGUUGAUAUGUACCUGUGAGCCAAUCUGAGAAGUAAGCACCUAUGUAUUUAGGUAGUUAGAAUAGAGUGAUAGGCUGAGAUUAUCUGAUCUGAUCUAUCAACUCGUAUAGAUAAAUUGGC